AUGUUUACCUCCGUCGACGAGAAGGCGGAUGCAAAGCAAGAUCUGUCGGCGUUGCCGGCGGACUCGCCCAUCGAGGAGGUCCGGGCAGCCGUCCUGCCUAGCGACGACACAUCCAUUCCCUCCACCACAUUCCGGUCCCUGGUUCUGGGUGUAGUCUUCACGCUGGUUUUGAGCUUUGUCAACCAGUUCUUCUGGUUCCGUGCCCAGCCGUUGACCGUUGGCAUUCUGGUUGUCCAGCUCGUCACAUUCCCCAUCGGCAAGUUCAUGGCACGCAUCAUUCCCAACAAGACUGUCGGGUUCGGAAGGCUGAGGUUCUCGCUCAACCCUGGCGACUUCUCCGUCAAGGAGCACGUGCUGCUGACAAUCAUGGCCAACUCGGCAGCAACUACCGCCAUGGGAAUCGAUAUUAUUGUUAUCAUGCGCACCAAAUUCGAGCUCGGGUUUGGCUGGGGAGGCGAUUUCUUGCUGGUCAUUUCGUCGCAGAUCCUCGGACGGUUCCUGGUUACACCCAGCUCCAUGGUCUGGCCCGUCAACCUUGUCAAUGCGACCUUGUUCAACACGCUGCACGGCCGUAAGCCGCCAUCGGUUCAGGAUGCCGAGAACGAGGGCAGCGAGCAGGAGCAUGCGUCCUUCUGGGGCCGGCUGACCCGCGGCAAGUUCUUCCUGCUCGUGUUUGCAUGCUCGUUCGUCUACUACUGGCUGCCUGGCAUCAGCUGGGUCUGCUGGAUCAACAAGAAGAACGUGACCGUGUCGCAAAUUGGAUCGGGCCUGCAUGGACUGGCUUUCUUGCCCACACCGCUCAGCAUCCCCGUAUGGGCCCACUUGAACAUGCUUGUCGGCUUCGUGCUCUUCAUCUGGAUCCUUGUCCCCGCCUUCUACUGGACCGGCACCUUCCACGCCAAGUACUUCCCGAUCUACAACACUAAGCUCUAUGACUCGAAUGGCAGCCGCUACGACCUCGAUAGAGUCCUUAUCAAGGGCACCAACAUGCUGAACCGCGAUGCCUACAACGAAUACUCGCCGGUCUACCAGACCGUUUUCUUUGCGUUGUGCUAUGGCCAGGGUUUGGCCACAUUGGGCGCUAUUAUCUCACACACCAUCCUGUUCCCUGACUGGUGGUACGCUGUGCUGUUUGUCGUUGCCUUCGCCAUGGCCAUGGUCACCAUCACGUGCUUCCCCUCUGACACCCCAUGGUGGGGCAUGAUCCUGGCGCUGGUGCUGGCCAUAGGCUUUACGCUGCCGCUGGGUUUGAUCAUGGCCGUCACGUCCCAGACACCAUCGAUCUCGAUGAUCGCCGAGUGGGUCAUGGGAGCCAUCCUGCCGGGCCGGCCUAACUUCAGCACUGUCAUCUGCCAGCAGGCCCUGGGAUUGACGCAGGAUCUCAAGCUUGGCCACUACAUGAAGAUCCCGCCACGCGAGCUGUUCGCGAAUGUGUGCACGGAAGAAGGCUACCCAUGGACCUGCCCGAACGCAUCGACGUGGGGUGCCGGCUCGGUGAUCUGGGGUGUGGUUGGACCCAAGGAGUACUUCAGCAAGCACUCGGUCUACCACUCUGUGCCGUACUUUUUGCUGAUCGGAUUCCUGCUUCCUAUCCCUGUCUACUUUGUGUACCGCUGGAAGCCCCAGUCGUGGAUCAGGCACGUUCACAUUCCUGUCAUGAUGCUCGGUCCCGGGCCCUACCCGCCUGCGCCCACCUCCGAGCUGCCCACCUGGGUCGCCAUUGGCCUCGUCUUCAACGGCAUCAUCAAGCGCUAUCGCAACCGCUGGUGGCGCAAGUUCAACUACGUAUUGUCGGCCGGUCUCGACUCUGGCGUGGCGAUUGCGGCGCUUGUUAUCUUCUUUGCGCUGCAGAACCAGGAAACCCACUUCCCGAAUUGGUGGGGCAACCCCGCAGACGGUCCCGUAGACCAGUGCCCGCUGGCCACUGUGGCGGUCCAGGGCGCCUUGGCGUACCAGGGCUAA